GAGUGGAGAUGACGUAAAGUGGAGAAUUUCGGCGCACUUCACUCUUAGAAGCGGCGUCACUGACAGACGGACUUACUGACUGACGGACUUACUGACGGACUGACCGCAGCGUGAGAGCACGCAGGAACGCGCCAGGAUCAGACUGAUGCUGGAAACAGAGAUUACUCCCUCUUGCGCAUUUUUACAGGCACGUGUUUAAUUUCCCUGAAGUGCACACCGUUCAGGCAUCACUGGCUGCUAUUUAAGAUGCUUUGGUCCUGACAUCAGACGUGGAGGUAACCCCACGUUGUCCACACCCCAGAGUGGAGAUGGUGCACUGUACCGUGCUGUGGGGGACAUGUGCAUGGCUCCCGACUGUGUUGACCAUGGCCGUGGCCAGCUGUCCCUCACUGGUCCUGAGUCCUGUCAACUAUUCUGUGGUUUACACCAUGCCCUUCUUCCAGGCCCAAGGCCACAUCCAGAACAUUGUCAACAACUCAUAUUACCAGGAGGUGUAUGUAGCAUCUAAGAACGUGAUAGAAGCUGUGAACAGAAGCUUGGAGAAGGUGUGGGAGCUGCGCACUGGGCCAGUUGGAAGCCCGCAGUGUCAGAUAUGUCAUUUAUGUGACAUUGACAAGGACCCUAAAUUCCUGGAGGACACAAACAAUCAGAUAUUGUUGUUGGAUACACUAUUUAUGUAUUUAUAUUCAUGUGGAAGCUCUCAGUAUGGCGUAUGCUACUUCCACCAACUUAACCCAAACAAAGAGCCGCCUUCUCUUUCCAAGUGUUUGUUCCGGAGGGAUUCAAACUCGGCUGCCUACUGUCCUGACUGUGUGGCCAGUCCUCUUGGAACUAAAGUCACCAUGGUUGAAGAAGGUCAAACUGUCUACUUCUUUGUCGCAACGACUGUAAAUGACAGUGUUACCCAGCGUUAUGGCAGGAAGUCUCUGUCAGUCCGUCGGCCGCUGGCCACUGAAGACGGUUUCUACAGUGACGUGCGAGGCCUCACGGUGCUUCCUGGUCUUCGGAGAAAGUACCAUAUUAAAUACAUCUACAGCUUUUUCACGCAGGAGUUUGUCUACUUCCUUUCUGUCCAAAGAGAGAGCCCUGAUCAGGACUCGUCUCCAUUCCAGACUCGCCUGGGCCGUCUCCCUCGGAAUGAAUGGGAGAUGAAGAGGUAUCGCGAGGUGAUCCUGGAGUGUCGCUUUGAACCGAAGCGUCGCAGGAGAAAUGUGGCCAGUGAGCCUUAUAAGGACGUCGUGUACAACGUGAUCCAGGCUGCUCAUUUUGGAAAAGCAGGCCGGGAGCUGGCAGAGGAGUUAGGUGCAGAGGAAGAGGACGAGAUCCUUUACGGGGUUUUUGCAGUGACUGAUGACAGUGGGGUCACAGAGCAUGACUCAGCACUGUGCGCCUUCCCAAUGGACAAUGUGAACAAAGCAAUCGUGGAUGGGGUCGAUGACUGCUGUGAAUCUGGACCAGAGCAGCUCUCCAGAGGACUCUGCCAUUUUCAGCCCUGUGAGAGCUGUCCACAUGAGAGCAUGGAGAACAAUGCCACAUGCAGAGACCAUCCCACCAUGGUGUCGAAGCCCUACUACAGAGUCGACCUCUUCAACAGACAGAUGACAGAUGUGCUGCUCACCUCUCUGCUGGUCACAACGAUAGAGAACAAGACUGUGGCACAUAUUGGCACUUCAACUGGACGCCUGCUACAACUGGUGUUGACCAGAUCCAGUCCUAUUAUUUUUGCCAAUUAUUCUUUGGAGGAGAACCAGAGAGUCUCAUCCAUCGCUGCUGUUUACUCCUCUGAGUAUCUUCUGUUUGUGGUUGGAGAUAAGAUGAUUCAGGUGCCACAGAGAGGACCAGGCUGCCAACACUUCCUGACCUGUGCCAUGUGUCUAACAGCUCCUAAGUUCAUGGGCUGUGGCUGGUGCUCUGGCACCUGCUCCUGGGAGAGUGAAUGUCAUGGUCGCUGGAGGAACGAGUCCUGUCCUCCUGGAAUUGCUGGGUUCUUCCCACGGACUGCUCCUCCUGACGGUCAAACAGAGCUCACAGUGUGUGGAUGGGAGUUCCAGUCGCCUUUAAGACCCACCAUCACCUCCAGGACACACCUGGUGCGACUGGGACAGACCGUGUGUACUGUGCAGCCGGUCAAAAGCAACAACACACACUUGGUGUGUAAGAUUCGCUCUGGGGCCACUGAACUGUCCAAACCAGUCAAAAUUACUGUGGAAGUGAAUGAGGGCAAGAUGGAGGGACGCUACUUCAUUGAAGGGAAAGCAGAUAUGCCAGGGUUCAAAUUUGUGAUUCCAAACAUCACAGAAAUCCAACCCAACUAUGGGCCUCGUGUCGGCGGCACACUCAUCACAGUGACUGGGCCUCACUUGAAUGCUGGGAAGAGCAGAAAAGUCACUCUCAACGACAUGCCCUGUCCGAUCAAGAGAGUCACAAAGCCCAAAGGAAAUGUGUCGUCCAUCAUCUGUCAGUCCCAGCCCAUCUCAGAGGUGAGGGACGUCCCUCUGAGUGUCUUCAUUGACAAGUCUCCUGUCCUCACCACGAAGGUGUUUUACUACAAAGAAAAUCCGAAGAUUACAGCGGUGAUGCCUGACUGCAGCUUUGAGAGAGGAUCAAAGAUUGUGAUUGAAGGGGAGAACCUGGAUUCUGUGUAUCGCACCAUCAUCCGCUUUAAGCCCAAUGAGAGCCACCUGAAGCCUGUGACCAGGGAAUGCAUAGGGAAGUCCUUCCCUACAAGGAUGGAGUGUGUCACCCCGGUGUUCCCCAGGGAUGAGACCGAGAAGGGUGAACUUUCUUUUGACAUGGAUGGUGCAGUGGCUUUGUGGAACAAAGAGUUCUCCUAUCACCCGUACGGCAAGCCCAUCCCAUUUGAAACAGAGGGGCGUGUUCUUAGUUUGUACCCUGGCUUUGAUGAAGUGUCACUGCAUCACCAGAAGCUCAACCUGGUGAGCUCCUGCAUGGCCAUCAUCAUGACAGUGGCAGGUGUCGACUGUGAUGCUAAAGUCCUGGAUAAUGAGAUUACAUGCAGGAUUCCUAAAAACAUGACCAUCCCCAGAGAGGGGCUUCCAGUCAAGAUCUCCAUCAAUGGCCAAGUCCACAAUGUUGGUACAGUGGUGAGAGUGAGUAACCACUACAUGGUGGGGAUUAUUCUGGGGAUCCUGGCGGCUCUGGUUGCUGGAGCAGUGCUGGCUUUCAUUGUAAUGAAACACCUGAGGAAGAAGAAGAAAGCCUCCAUGGUAGAGACCCGUUUGUCCCACAGUGCCAACCGCUCUGGACUAAAUAAUGUGGAUGUGUCUCCUGCUGGUGACUACAGGAGAGUAUCCCUGAGUCCUUCCUACUCUGUGGGCAGCGGUCAGAUGGUGUUCCCCAGGCUUGCAUAUGCUGCAGGCAGCAUAGAUGCUACGGUCACUCCCCUCGUACCUCCAGAAAAAAUAUCCAUCUCAAGUUUUAGACCAGAGCUGCUGGAGGAGGUGAAGGAUGUUCUUAUUCCUGCUGAGAUGCUUAUUGUGCAGCAUCAUCGCAUCAUAGGGAAAGGUCAUUUUGGCACCGUGUAUCACGGCUACUUCACAGACCAGAGCAACAGAGACAUCCACUGUGCUGUCAAGUCUCUCAACAGAAUUACAGAUGUGGAGGAGGUGGAGCAGUUUCUGAAAGAAGGUAUCAUCAUGAAGGGUUUCCACCACAGCAACGUGCUCUCUCUGCUGGGCAUCCUGCUGCCACAGGAAGGGCUCCCUCUAGUGGUGCUGCCUUACAUGAAGCAUGGGGACCUGCGGCACUUUAUCCGCUGCGCGAAGAGGAACCCUACUGUAAAGGAUCUGAUUGGAUUUGGGCUUCAAGUUGCAAAGGGGAUGGAGUACUUGGCCCAGAAGAAGUUCGUACACAGAGAUCUUGCAGCACGCAACUGCAUGCUGGACGAGUCGUACACAGUGAAGGUGGCUGACUUUGGGAUGGCCAGAGAUGUAUUUGAUAAGGAGUAUUACAGUGUUCAGGACCACAGGAAGGCUAAGCUGCCUGUCAAAUGGAUGUCCAUUGAGAGUCUGCAGACGCAGAAAUUCACCUCAAAGUCAGAUGUGUGGUCCUUUGGUGUGCUGAUGUGGGAGAUGUUGACCAGAGGAGCGAGCCCCUACCCAGAGGUGGACCCUUAUGACAUCACACAUUACUUACUGAAGGGCCGGCGGCUGCCCCAGCCUCAGUACUGCCCUGACCCUCUGUACAGCAUCAUGCUCCAGUGCUGGGACCCGGACUCAGAGCUGAGGCCCAGUUUCGCUACAUUAGUGUCGUCCGUCUCUACUAUCUUGUCAGGACUGGAGGGGGAACACUACAUCAGCCUCAACGUAACCUAUGUCAACUUGGACCAGCCACGGCCGUACCCAGCCCUUACAGAGUCUGCUGAUGAGUAUGACUCAACAGAUGUCUAUGACUCAGGCUCAUUCUCCCCCUGAUCCCCUGAUCCCCUGAUCCCCUGAUCUCCUGAUCUCCUGUUCCCCUGAUCUCCUGAUCUCCUGAUCUCCUGAUCUCCAGAUCCCCUGAUCUCCUGUUCCCCUGAUCUCCUGAUCUCCUGAUCCCCUGAUCUCCUGAUCUCCUGUUCCCCUGAUCUCCUGAUCUCCUGAUCUCCAGAUCCCGUGAUCUCCAGAUCCCCUGAUCCCCUGAUCCACUGAUCCUCACAUUUCUAUCUAAUUGGCACAAAAUAAACUUCUCUAGGCCACAGCAACUUCGUUCAACGCAGCAAAGCUAAAGAUGUACAUGUUGUGUCUGCAUGGAAGUGGUCGUCAGAUUCUUUGAGGUGACUUUGAUAACAUUCAGCCAUAUUGGUAAUGGAGGAUUGUCUUAUUUUCAGCAAUGCAUUAAAAAAAAAACUGAAUAAAAACAAAAUGUUUUCAAGAUCAAUUCAUUUUUUUAUGUUAUAUUUUAUUAAAAUAUAAAAACGUUUUGCAGCACUAACUUAGUUUAGCCCAAGACAUCAUGACAUCAGAAAAAAACCAAAGCCGAAGCCUGAAUUGAUCGACAGAUUAUCCAGAUUAACAAAAGCAGGGUACAACUUUUCAAACUCACAAUAUUGUACAACUGGCAAUAAAAUGUCAUGACUGAAACAGACAUUUUACAUUGAUCUUAUGGAUUUCAAGUAUUGGUUAAAGCCAUGGUUCUCAAACUGGUACGCGUACCACCAGAGAAAGCUUGUGUACCAUCACGAUUAAAAAUACCGUUCGGCCCUAAACCCGUGUGUGAAGAAUAUUGGACGGCCUACAGCGCUGUUGUGUUUUAAUGACAAUACUUUUUAAAUAUAUAUAUAAAUAGCUUUACUGAGCUCUCAAAGUAACACCAUUUACUUUGAGAGCUCAGUAAAGUAUUUCCUCGGUUGGUGUUUGAUAUAAAACGUUUGACAACAAAUUAAUUAAAUUAUUGAGAAGCUGUUGUGACAUUUAGUGACAAAAGCUUUAUUUGAACUCUAACCCAUGCACCAACUACACACUGUUACAGUAACCUAGGUGAUGUGUACGAUUAUGUUUCCUUAAUUCUUUUUCAUCAUAUUGAUUGUUCUGUAUAUACUGGAUCAUACAUGGUUC